CGUGUCUCCGUCCGUCCGUCCGCGCAGGGCGUCCCCCGGGACGGAAGGACCCAGCAGCAGCCUGUCGGCGCCCGCCCUUGUCGUGGUCGCCGUCGCCGUCGCCGUCGUGGUGGUGUCCGCCGUCGCGUGGGCCAUGGCCAACUACAUCCACGUCCCGCCCGGCUCGCCCGAGGUGCCCAAGCUGGACGUGACGGUGCCCGAUCAGGAGGAGCGGCGCUGCCGCGAGGGGGCCCUGCGGCUCCUGCAGCACCUCAGGCCGCACUGGGACCCCCAGGAGGUGACCCUGCAGCUUUUCACAGAUGGAAUUACAAAUAAACUUAUUGGCUGUUAUGUGGGUGAUACAAUGGAUGACGUUGUCCUGGUGCGCAUCUACGGCAAUAAAACAGAGCUGCUGGUGGACCGUGACGAGGAGGUGAAGAGUUUUCGUGUGCUGCAGGCUCAUGGCUGUGCCCCACAGCUCUAUUGCACCUUCAAUAAUGGACUCUGCUAUGAGUUUAUUCAGGGAGAAGCCCUGGAUCCAAAGCACGUCUGCAACCCUGCCAUCUUCAGGCUAAUAGCACGUCAGCUUGCUAAAAUCCAUGCUAUCCAUGCACAUAAUGGUUGGAUUCCCAAAUCUAAUCUGUGGCUGAAAAUGGGAAAAUAUUUCUCUCUCAUUCCCACAGGAUUUACAGAUGAAGCCAUUAAUAAAAGGUUCCUAAGUGAUAUACCAAGCUCUCAAAUUCUUCAAGAAGAGAUGACUUGGAUGAAAGAGAAUCUUUCCAAAUUGGGCUCACCUGUUGUACUUUGCCAUAAUGAUCUGUUGUGUAAGAAUAUAAUCUACAAUGAGAAACAAGGUGAUGUACAGUUUAUUGAUUAUGAGUAUUCUGGCUACAACUACCUGGCAUAUGAUAUUGGAAAUCAUUUCAAUGAAUUUGCAGGUGUGAGUGACGUAGACUAUAGUCUCUAUCCAAAUAGAGAACUACAGAUCCAGUGGCUACAUUCUUACCUUGAAGCCUACAAUGCAUAUAAGGGCUUUGGAUCUGAAGUGACCAAAAAGGAGGUGGAAAAACUUUUUAUUCAUGUCAAUCAGUUUGCUUUGGCUUCUCAUUUCUUUUGGGGAUUGUGGGCUUUGAUUCAAGCCAAAUACUCCACCAUUGAAUUUGAUUUCCUUGGGUAUGCUAUUGUUCGUUUUAACCAAUACUUUAAAAUGAAGCCUGAGGUUACUGCAUUAAAAAUGCCGGAAUAAAGAAGAAAUUUAAUGAUUCCCAAGCAGCUGAACAAUGCUUGUGAAUUGUUUCUUAAGAAAUCCAAAAGCCAAUAUUUGUUAAGAUUCUGUUAUUUAAUUUGGUUAUCUUGCUUUUAAGAAUUAUGCCUCUAAACAACCAGUCUUUUUCAAAUAGACUGAAUGAUGUCAAGAAAUAUACCUACUGCUAUCAGUAUGUGGUGGAAUAGGAAUUUGUUAAAUCUGCAAAAGGUAUAAAGAUGUCAGUUGAAUCCUUUAAUAAUUUAAUCUGUGUUAUAUGUGAAUUAUUUAUUAUAAGUUUAACAUGAUUCUAUGACAACUUCCAUCUGUGUCAUUGUUUGAUGAGUAUUAGCAAUGAGUGCUCCAGAGAAUUUUUUUUGGUUUCACUUUAGUAAGAUUAAUUUUAGAAAAUGUUUUAGACAUUCAAGUGUAACCUUUAUCGGUGUAUUGUAAGUAAAAUGAAUUAUAUACUCUUGAAAUGCCAGGCAUUGGUCUAGAUUUCUUAGGAUGUUCAUAGAAAAAUAACUGUUUAGGAGGGUGAAGUAUAAUCACCAUUUUAACUAGUGGUACAUCUUUUUGAAUUGAAUAUUAGAAAGUUUUUUUAGGGACUAUACUUAGAAUUAAAUCUUCCUCUCUUUACAUAGUCUGGCAGAUAAAUAUUAAUAUUUACCAUGUAAUCUUGGAAUAGAUACAAUUUCAUGCUGCUGAAAUCUGCAUGAAAUGUUUUGUGUAUUAAAUGUGGUCAUUUAACUUACUAGUUUUUAAAAAAUAUUUUACUAUAUCAAAUUGUUCUUAAUUAGAACUUUUGUUUCACUCAUUCAGAUGUUACUUUAUUCUUAAAUACUGUGCUUGUAGAAAGAUUACUCAUCAUUAAGACAAUGUUUAUCAUCUUGGGAACAAGAAAAUGUGAUUUAGAUUCUUUUGUUCACCUCUGUACAGUUAUUCCUUCCCAUUUUGUUUCAUGUUUUUGUUUGCCUCCAUGCCUUUUGAAUGAUAUCAAAUAACUAAUUGAUGCAGGUAGAUUUGGAGAAGUGCAUUAAAGCUGUUAGAAGAAGUAAGGAACAUUUACGAUACGAUUUUGUACACCUAAAAUAUGAUAUAACUGUGAAUUAAGCAGAAAUACUCAUGUUGGAAGGUUUUUGUUUUGAGUUUUCUUAUUUUCCUUAGUGCAUCUUAAUUUUGACUGCAUAGAAGAGGGUGGCAGUGGCAUGGAAAGAAGCUUAUAUCAUGGGAAUAGAUAAAUGGACUUAAGUUUGGAGACUGCUAUGUAGGACUGAGCAGUCCUGGUGAACUUAGAAAACUAGUCUGAGAAGCUUUGCACUUUGGCCACAUAAGUGCCCAUGUACAUGGCUUAAUGGAUCUGCAUAUUCAGAGUAUGCAACUAAAAUUUAUCCUCUGAAAUUUUCUGGGGAGCCUGGUAUAUUAUUUACAAAUGACUUAUGUUCUCAGAUCUGUGCUUUAAAAUACUUGGAUUAUUUCAAGAUGUUUAAAGCAAGUGAAGUAGAAACACUUACAGACCAUUUCAUAUGGUAAAUUCUAGUUACAUAAAUAGAUUAUUAGAAUCUUUUUGUCUCUUAUAACAGUGUUAGACCACGCUUUGUUUUCUACCUCCCCAAUAUUACAGAUACUCGCUUCAGUUUCUAAACCGUAGUGCUGUUGAUCAGUAGAAUUUUACAUUAUUGACUAAGUGAAUGGAACCAAUUAAACUUUUAGCUUUUUAUAUAUGUCAGAAUGAACUUGAAAAAGUUGUUUUUGGUGGAAUUUUCAUUUUGGGGACAUUUUCUUAAAGUAUGAAAACCAGUAAUAAUCUUGAUUAUUUUUUCUUACUACCUUACUGCUUUUUUGUUUGCUGACUUCUGAAAGUGCAAACAAUAAGUACCUUGAGGAAUUGUGAGAGGAAGGAUUAUUUUCUUUCCUUACUCCCUGUUCUUCAGACUAUUUUGGAUGGAGAUUCACUGAGCCAUUGCUUGUUGACUGUGCAGAGCUGCUGGCUGUGGCACUGGACACAUGUGAAUGUAAAGGGGAUAACGGCUUUCACUGUGGCCCUCGGUGUCUGCAGUGGAAUUGGGGAACAAAAUAAGUUAAUAAAGAUAUCUCCCCCAUUCUUUGACCAGAUUUUGGGUGUGAUAUACUACUUUCCAUAUAGUUUGGGGGAUCAUUCUGUAGAAUAGCAGCAUUCAAAAUUGCUUUUAUUUUUAUUUUUUGGAUCAUAUAAAGGAUUCUAAAGGAAAAAACAUCUGUCUAAAGUUUGUCCUGUGGCUUGCUGAGGUGUUGCUUGCCUUUUAUGUUGAGCUACAGAACUUGAAUGCCUUAUCUAAUUACUGGUAGUAAGCUCAUUUUGUAAAUACGAAAAUGGUUGUCAGAGAAAUGGCAUUCGGUAUACUCAUUAU